UUCCAUUUUCCCUCUCAAUCUCUCUCCGCCAUUUCAAUUACGAGAAUUCUUUCAUCAGUUCGCUGAAGGCUGACGCAUCCAUGGCUCUUGCAAAGAAGGUCACCAAAAAGCCAAGUAAUGCAUCUUCAGCAACCCUCCAUCCACCUUACUUUCAGAUGAUAACCGAAGCCAUAACAUCGUUGAAGGAUCGGACCGGUUCGAGCCAGCCGGCUAUUGCCAAAUUCGUUGAAGAGAAGUACCCGAAGCAGCUUCCUCCGAAUUUCAAGAAGAUGUUGUCUGUUCAGUUGAAGAAGUUCGUGAAAUCUGAGAAAUUAGUUAAGGUCAAGAACUCCUACAAGGUCUCUACUUCCGAGAUGGUGAAAGUGGUUUCUGUUUCUGCCAAAGAAACCCAGAAAAAGAAAGAUGGAAAGAAGGUUUCUACUACAGGGGGUACUGUCCCUAAAAAGCCUGCAAAACAGGAGUUGAAGACAAAAAGGUUGAGCCAGGUUAAAACUCCUGAUGCUUUGAAGAAGAAGAAAUCAAGUGCUACUAAGGCCAAAAAGGACGUGAAGAGUCCUGUGGGUACGAAGAAGGCUUCGACACCCAUGAAGAGGAAGCCAGUCCCAAAGUCGGUUAAAUCUUCAAGGCCAGCGCCGAAGAAGGUUAAGAAGUAGGAGUUGAUGACUCGAGGUCAGUAAAAUCAGGGUAGUUUCUUAUGGAAAAUAGGGAGUACAGUGGAAUUAGGCUUUGUUUAUGUUUAUGGAUAUGUUUUUAAACUUGAAGGUGUGCUCUGUUGCGCUGGAUAUUAUGCUUUGCUUUUAAGCUAUAACAUCUGCAUGUAAUAGAUGAUUUUAGUUUCACAGAAAGAACUUCGAGUUCUUUGCAUUUUGAUUGCUCAUAUUGCCUACAUACUACGAUGAUCUGAGUUUGCUC